GAAGUUAGGUAUCGGUUCCGGAAAUGCCGAUCACUCCGACGUACUCGUGGAGCGAAACUCCAGCAUGGGUCACUGUCGAGGUUUUUCUCCAUUCCGUGUCACAGGCAGCUCUCGACAUUAUCACUACAGACUGCUACAUCAAAGUCAACUGCUCGCCGUACUUGUUCCAAGCCGAUCUCUACGAUGAUAUCGAUUCGAAGAAAAGCUCGGCUAUGGUGGACAAGGCGGUGGUGAAGUUCUUCAUGUUCAAGAAGACCGAAGAACUUUGGGGUAGGUUGACGAGAUGUGGAGAUAGGCAGGCUAUCUUGGAGCGACGUCAGCAGUCUUUGGAUGCCGUGAGAGAGAAUGCCCAAAAAACAAAAGAAGAGGCCAAAGCAAAAAUCUCCCAUAUACGACGGUUAGCAGUUGGCAGCCAAAUGAAGCUUGAAGAUGCCAGGCGAAAAACCAUUCAGGCAAGGAAAGAAGCGGAGCUGAAAGAAGAACGUGAUGCAUUAAACUCGUGGCAACAAGGUGUAUCACGAGAGAACAGCCAGCAUGACGUCGAAACGUUGUCCGCUGGUGAUUCUAAAAAGGGGUUUAUAACUUGUAAACAGGAGGAUCUUAUGCUUGAAUGGGAUAACGUUACUCAAGCUUCAGGAAAGAUUGACGAGGCAAACACAGUUCAGAAACUGGAGCCCAAACGAUUAGCUUCUGCCAAAGUUGCGACAUUGAAACCUGGGGAAAGAUUGUUGCCUGCUCCUCGAAGAGGUUUUCGAGUUUACAUUUCAUUUACGAAGAAAACACUUCCCAAUCAUCUUCCAGCGCGUGAAAGUAGAGAGAAAGAACUUCAACUUAUAAAGCAUGCUCCCAUCUCCAAUGACGCGAUUGAUGUUUCGGAAAGGGAACCACUGUUUCUGCAAGACAAAGGCGACAAAUUCUACAGCGCUGGAGACUUCAGAAGUGCGGUCAAUGCGUACUCUGAUGCCAUACAAAAGGAUGCUUCACUGUUUUUAUCUCGUGCAAACAGAGCAGCCUGCUACUUGCAGAUGAGCCAGAUGCAAGCUUGUAUCAAUGACUGUACGAGAGCACUCCAGCUUUUAAGUGGACAAGACAACGAGAUUGCCCAGGACAAAACUGAAGCUGAACAGUCUACCGCUCCAAAACUCAUGUCCUUGGAGAAGGAUUUCCUCCCAAUGGACACUUUGGAUUUACUGAGAGCAGCUGCCUCAGAUGAUUCCGAAGAAUGGAAAAGACGUGCUCAAAGCUGUGUUUUAGCAAGGCGAGGAUGUGCGAAGGGCCACCUGGGAGACCUUGAAGAUGCUGUCACAGACUUCAAGGAGGCAUUGAAGCUAAAUCCGUCCGCUACUGACAUCCGAAGAGUACUGGAUUGCAUCGCUGCCAAGUAGCAAAAAACAAAUCAGUCCUGUAUAAGCUGGAUGCCGCUGGGUUCGUCUU